AUGGAUGUGUAUUUCACUAAAGGAUCACCAAAAGUCCAUGACUACAACCCAAUUACCCAUUCUCCAUUUUACAGCACCCCUGAGCCUUCACUAACGUACUCACGUGGGCCAACCUAUUCCAAGCCUUUUACCAAUGGAAAUAUCUUUGAUAUUAAAAGCCAUAAGGAUCCUAUAACUGGAAGAAUGUACAGAUAUGAUGACGGUAGAAAAACUUUAUCAAAAACGGGGAGCUUAAGGGUUAACAGAUCAUUUGACGUAGAAAAGGCUGCAGUUUUAAUUAAUCCUCCAAGACUUUAUAAAUCAAAGCCAAAGGCGUUAUCGCCUAGCCCUAUUUCAGGGAUUACUAGGGGUUUUGAACGAAGUUUAAGUCCAGUAAGAGAAGAGUUGCCUACUAGCCCUGAGCCGAGAUUUGACUUUUUUAGAAAAACAAAUGAGUAUGGGAGCAUUGCUGGAUCACUUAGAAAACCCGUUCAAGUUGCUUAUGUCAACCCUUAUUUAUUAAAGGCGACUGGCACGAUAGGGAAUCAAGGAAGUUCAAAUCAGGAAUUUAAACAGGCUGCAAAUGCAUUCUUUUCCUAA